GAGUAAGUCACUCCUUGGCUCUCGCUGACACCCCUGGGAAGGGCUCGCUCGUGUUCCUCCGUGGCACUGGCAGGUGGCUCCGAUGAAUUCAGGGGCUGCUGGCCAUCCCGCGCCUCAGAUCACUCCCAAAAUCCAGUUGGUGCUGGUGCUGGGUGACCUCCACAUCCCCCAUCGCUGCAACAGCCUCCCGGCCAAGUUCAAAAAGCUGCUGGUGCCUGGCAAGAUCCAACACAUCCUGUGCACAGGGAACCUCUGCACCAAGGACACCUAUGACUACCUCAAGACCCUGGCUGGGGAUGUUCAUGUUGUCAGAGGGGACUUUGAUGAGAACCUGAAUUAUCCUGAGCAGAAAGUUGUGACUGUUGGACAGUUCAAAAUUGGGCUGAUUCAUGGCCAUCAGGUGAUCCCCUGGGGUGACAUGGCCAGCCUGGCACUGCUCCAGAGGCAGUUUGAUGUGGACAUCCUCAUUUCAGGACACACACACAAAUUUGAGGCAUUUGAACAUGAAAAUAAAUUCUAUAUCAACCCAGGAUCAGCUACAGGAGCCUACCAUGCCUUAGAGAACAACAUCAUUCCCUCAUUUGUGCUGAUGGACAUCCAGGCUUCUACAGUAGUUACAUAUGUCUAUCAACUAAUUGGAGAUGAUGUGAAGGUAGAAAGAAUCGAGUACAAGAAAUCCUAAAAAAUGUUUUUGCUUGUCUGGUAUUUUUACCAUCUCCUUCUGAACUGCAAGUUCCAAAACUUGACUGCUCGUUUACAGCCCUGCACUGUCUCUAACAGCUUAACAAUGUAACUUCUUGUCAUGAAUUUAAACAACCUUGUGUUUGCUUUUCUCUGUAUGAUUUGUAAAAUAUUCCAUUAAGAUAACUGUCGAAAUACUGCUCCUUAAUGUUGUAAUAAACUCCACUUCAUAGAAAAGCUGAGCUUGGUGAGGUGGUGUUGGGGAAGAAUGCAGCAGUUGUGGUGGUUUGGUGCUCCCCUUCCAAGGGAUGCUUGGACAGGGCUGGAACAGAGAUUGAGGGCUCUGGGACCAGGCUGGGUUUGCUCCAGAAUCCAGUUUAUAUUUAAUUGUCUCAACUGAACAUCCUCAACUAAGUUCAAGGAGUAAAAUGGCUUGAUAAACUCUGAAAGGAUUACAGUUACCUUGUAAUUUCACUGCAGAGUUUGAGUCUUUUUCUGAUCAAAGCACUUUCAAAUCUCCCUGUGCUUUCGUGAAUGAUGAUCUCAUUCAAUCUAUAACCAGUGAGGAGAGGUUUCCUUUAUUUGUGGCUCACAUCUGACACUCCACUUUUUGUGCUCUUUGCUCCAUGUGCAGAGACUCUCAGUGAUGUAAUUCCAUGUGACUCUUAAAGCUGCUGAAGAUAAAUCUGGGUUGUUCAAGGAGCAGCACCUUGUGGCUCCUCUGUUCCCACAGCUGCAGGCACCUGAAUGUAUUUAACAGCUCCCCUUUCUCACAACUGCUGUAACUUUCCAACAAAACAGGUUUUUAUCUUUUGUCUCCCCCAGCAGAAUGUUUAGGAUGGGGGCAGUUUCCUUGGCCUUUGGUUUAUGACACUUCCAUCAGCUGGAACCCUUCUUUCUGUGGCAUGAGCUGACUGAAUGACUCAUUUCUGUUCAAAAUAAACCUGCUUUGCCCUGGA